AUGCGCAAACGCCGGGUUUCCGUUUCGUAUCUUGGAAGCGACGAUCGACCUAGAGCUACAGGCGAAGAACGUCGAUGUCGGGCAACGAAAGUGCUCUUCUGCCCAGACCUCUGCGCGAGCAACGUCACGGACAACGUUGCGAAGGUGCAGACGCGCGGUUCCCUCAGCCGAUCGAGCAAGCUGACAUUUCUGCAGGAGCAACCCAUCGUCCAUGUACGCAACGUGCAAGACACUGCACCUAGGAUAUCUCUGCAUGCACUCCUCGAUAAGGGAAUCACUGCUUGUGGCACUUUUCGGUGCUACUCCACACCGCGAUUAGCGAAUAUCGUCGGGGACGUCAAGCGAGGUAUCAUCGCUGUCGACCUCAACGCGCAAAGGUUCAAGAAGGGUUUAGAGCAGGCAGUGAUGGACGGACACAAGCAGCAGGCGGAGACCUACCAAGCAGACGUCGAGGCAAGCCGGGCACCAACGGUGGCAGACCCUGACGACGACGUGUUCGUCACGUACCCCCUGAUGAGGCUCACUUUCUACUUGUACGAGCCACCCGCCAAGGCCAUGUACAAAAUCGUCGGUCCGCUGUUUCUGGUACUGUACCUGAUGCUGAUGAAUUUCAAUGAGUUCUACGGAUUGCGUAACAUCUGGGACGACGGUUGUCCCAGGGGAAAACGAGACUCGGACUAUCUCGCCAACGGGAUCGGCAUUGCCAUUACGGCGGCUUUUGUGGUUCCUGCGAUUCGUGCGGACAGAAUGAAGUCGCCGUACAUCAGCUUUACUCGGGAUGACUUGACGGCGGUGACCUUUCUGCUAGGGCUUGCGCUGUCUACAUCAUCGUACUGCCACUGGGCGAUAUCAGGAUGCUUUGUGAGCUUUCUGGUGGUUGUUAGCGCGGUCGUCGCGAGCGUGCGCCACUACUUCAAGUGCAAGCACAUGAGGAAAACUGUGGAGCAGCGCCCACCCGUGAUGGUGGAGGCUAGCAGCACGGAGGUCAAGGCCACGGUAGCAGCCUGA